GAUGGGAUCGCACACCAUUAACCAUCGCAUACAGUAUAAGCAUAAACCGACCCGCGCGAUCCUCGUGUGAAUGCGAGCCGAUGAAUGGGCUCGUAGCGCGGGUCCUAUUCAUUCAUCCAGGUGUUAUUAAACCAAAAGAAGAAAACGAAAGGAAGAAUACAAGAUAAAUAAAUAAAUAUAAAUAAUUCGCCAAGUAUGGCGAGGUUGAUUCUGCUCGCGACUCAUAGCGAACAUCAUCUGCAGCUGCAUCCUGAUAACAAUUAUUAAUUCCUAUAGUCGUGGUGACAAACGGAUACACAUCGAUCGAGAGCAUGGCUAUUAUACAUGUAUACGCGUUCUUCUAUACGAAUAAAUAAACGGAAAAUAUGAACGAUGUGGCGGAGAGGACUGUUCGUUUAACAUUAAUGUGAAAUUCGUUGUAUUUCCAAACGUCGACGGUAUUCCCGAGGAAGUAAAAACUGAAAGGAGACAAGGAACGACGACGCUCGUGGCUCGUCGCGGCGCGGGUAGAUCAACGACGACGGGUUAUAAGCCAGGGAUCGCUCGGCUCUGGGCGGGGCGGAGCGAGGGGUUUGUCGUCGGUCGUCGGUCGAGGGCCAGCGGGACGUGCGGGGUUAUUCGGGGGGCAGAGGUGGAUUGGGGCGCUUCCUGUAGUUGGCGCUAGCCUAAAAAAAAAAGAAAGACAGCAAAGGAGUAAAAAGAGAGUUCACACGGUAGAAUCGCGGUCGAAUGUAUUUUCAAUGCAACGAAAAUGGUGAAAUUUGGGAAAAAGUGGGCAUCGAGUAAAGGCUUUGACAGCUCGAACCAUGACAGAGGCGUCGGAAGAUGGUAACUACUUGGUAAGGGUCAGGGCCCAGGUCAUGACUAGGGACGACAGCUCCGGGGGUUGGGUGCCUCUUGGCGGCGGGGGAUUGUCCAACGUCUCUGUGAGACGGAGGUCUCCCUCCACCGCGGGGGGGCAUCCCAAUGUCGGCAUUGCAAGUCCUGGGAUCCCUUCCGCCGCCUCAUCAACCGCUGUGCCUACCACGUCAACCUCUGGCACAGCCCACCCCGGCGUCGUCCCUAACCUUGGCUCUACGUCUCAUGAUUCGACAACUACCUCCCCACCUGGGGCAACAGAUGGCAAACACGAAUACCUCAUCUAUGGCAAACGAAUCUCUGAUCAGACUGUCGUUCUUAGCUGCACAAUAAAAAAGGAUUUUGAAUACAACAAAGUCAUGCCAACAUUUCACCAUUGGCGUACAGGAGAGAAAAAAUUUGGACUUACCUUUCAAACAGCUGCGGAUGCCAGGGCAUUUGACAAGGGGGUCCGUACAGCGGUUGAAGAAUUGCUAGAAGGCCUUGCGGAAUCAUCCUUGUAUUGUGGUCAAUCAGAUGUUGGAGAUGACGAUGUUUUUAUGACAUUAAACCUGCCUGUGGAUCCGGUAGAUCCACGCCCAUCAUCCGAAACACAGCGGGGUGCAGUUCGUAAGCUAAAUCAUCACCACCAUCAUUCUCAGUGCCCGGAUUUUUCUUUGGACCCCCAUAAAGCACCGCCGAUUCAUUACAUUGGCGGCCCUUCAGCAAAGCCGCUACCUCCGCCGCAUCAUCCCUUGGAAUCAAUGGACGUCAGUACAGACAAUUACCCGUACGUACAACUGACAACCCUGAACCAUGAGUACCAGUACCCAGUUAUCGAGGACCAUAAAGGUGGGAGGUUCGACAGACGCGGCUCUUCCAGCUCGCUCAAGAAGCCAGAUGUAAUAGUUUCACAGAUGGCAAAAAGUUGCGGGAAACGUAAUAGCAGCGUACGUCUACGGUGUAAACAUUGCCAGGAGUUAUAUUCUGAGCAGCACAAUCCGAGAGGUGCCUGUGAAUACGCACCUGAUCCAGUCAGACGGGGCAUCGCCACCGUUUCAUGUCUUUCGUGUGCCCAGUGCAUGCUAUAUCACUGCAUGAGCGACGCUGAGGGAGAUUUUGCACAGAACCCAUGCAGCUGCAGUACGGAGGAAGGCUGUGGUCGGCGAUGGUUCGGACUGGCUCUGUUGUCGAUGAUUGUUCCUUGUUUGUGGUUUUACCCACCUCUUCGCGCCGUUCACUGGUGCGGAAUGUCUUGCGGGUUGUGCGGAGGUCGCCAUUAUCCCAUGGAAUAACUGGAGGAGCCCUUUGAUAUCUCUGUCCCGUUCUCCGUCGAGUACGUCUCAAGACGCCUUGCAACAGUCGGUGGUGCUAAUGUCGCUGUUGCAAAUGUAUACCAUUGCCACGAUCCUGGCAUGGGUCGGCGUCAGAGAUAUCAGAGGGGUAGGCAGCUUCCGGUACACGCUCUUGUACACCAAUGUCGCCUAUAAGGGUGCUCUAUCGAUUAUAACAACGAGUGGACAGCGGAAGAAAGUGUGCAUCAUUGAAGCAGCAGCGGAUACGACCGUUAAUCAAAUUUAUUCCGUACUUAUCGUCUUCGAA